GUUAUUCGGUAUGGUUAGGAGCCGGAGCAAGAAGACGCACGAGGGAAGACAGUCGUGGAGUGUAGAUUUUUUUUUCUGAGAACAGGAGGCUGUUUCACUAAAUAUUGUUUAAAGAAAAAGUGUGGCGCAAGGAUUAGGCGUUGCUGUCUGAAAUUCCGUUUGCAUUGUCGAGUCGAAAUGGACUUUAUUUGAUUGCACCGGAGGCGCGUUUCCUAAAGGUACAUUGGGAGUGAAUUUAGUGUUGGCAAUAUUUAUCAGAUGGCGCUUCUCUCUUUGAUUGGCAUUGCAUAUUGAUGAGGUAGCUUACAUUUUCCCGUGUGAUCGACUUGUGUUGGAGGAGCUUCCAUGGCGACCAUGACGUACAUCUGCCCAAUUUACAUCAGCGUUCUGUGCCUGCUCCUGCUGAUGCGCGCACUACCGGUGCGCGCUGCCUCCAAGGCCAUCGUGUGUGAACCCAUCACGGUCCCCAUGUGCAAAGGCAUCGGCUACAACCUGACCUACACGCCCAACCAGUUUAACCACGACACUCAGGACGAGGUGGGGCUGGAGGUGCACCAGUUCUGGCCGCUGGUGCGCAUCCACUGUUCCCCUGACCUGCUCUUCUUCCUCUGCAGCAUGUACACCCCAAUCUGCAUCCCGGACUAUCGCAAGCCUCUGCCCCCGUGCCGCUCCGUGUGCGAGCGGGCCAAGCGCGGCUGCUCCCCCCUGAUGAGCCAGUAUGGGUUUGAAUGGCCCGAGAGGAUGAGCUGCGAGGGGUUGCCAGAGCUGGGUGAUGCUGACCUCCUCUGUAUGGACCGGAACAGCAGUGACGCCACUACUCUGUCCCCAGGCCCGGCCUUCCCCCCGAAGCCUACCCCCAAGGCCCCCUACCGCAACCCAGCCCGCCGCAGGCCGCAUCUCCUGCCCAAACCCCACCACAGUCACCACCACCAGGACUGUGAACAACGCGGCUGCCGCUGUCGCCACCCCCUGGUGUCCGUCAAGCAUGAGGCCCGCUCACUGUACGGCCGCGGCGUCCACACAGGCCCCGUGGAGAACUGCGCCCAGCCCUGCCGUCAGCCCUACUUCACCCCGGACGAACACGCCUUCACCUCCCUCUGGAUCGGCCUGUGGUCGGUCCUCUGCUUCGUCUCAACCUUAACUACGGUGGUCACGUUCCUGAUUGACCGCGAACGCUUCUCCUACCCCGAGCUGCCUAUCGUCUACCUGGCUGCCUGCUACCUCUUCAUCUCCCUGGGAUACAUGGUGCGGCUGGCGGCGGGCCACGAGCGCGUGGCGUGCUCCGAGGACGGCGGGCACGUGCUGUACGACGCUUCGGGCCCUGCCGGCCUGUGCACCUUGGUGUUCCUGCUGGUCUACUUCUUUGGAAUGGCCGGCGCAAUCUGGUGGGUGGUGCUCUCGCUCACCUGGUUCCUGGCGGCGGGUAUGAAGUGGGGCAACGAGGCCAUCGCCGGGUACUCGCAGUACUUCCACCUGGCCGCCUGGCUGGUGCCCAGCGUCAAGACCAUCGCCGUGCUGGCCCUGAGCGCUGCUGACGGAGACCCUGUGGCAGGGAUAUGCUACGUGGGCAACCAGAGUGUGGAGAGCCUGCGGGGCUUCGUGCUUGCUCCCCUGGUGGUCUACCUCUUCACAGGCUCCCUCUUCCUCCUAGCGGGGUUUGUGUCGUUGUUCCGCAUCCGCAGCGUCAUCAAGCAGGGGGGGACCAAGACGGACAAGCUGGAGAAGCUGAUGUUAAGGCUGGGCCUCUUUACCGUCCUCUACACGGUCCCUGCCGCGGUGGUGGUGGCCUGUCUGGUGUACGAGCAGCACCUCAGGCCGCAGUGGGACAGGGGUCUUUCCUGCUCCUGCCAGGCUGAGAGAGAGAGGCUAAGCCUAGGGCCAGACCACGCCAUCUUCAUGCUGAAGUACUUUAUGAGCCUGGUGGUGGGGAUCACCUCGGGGGUGUGGGUGUGGUCGGGGAAGACUCUGGAGUCGUGGAGGAGGUUCCUGGGGAGGUGCUGUUGUUCAUGUCCCUGCUGGGGCAACAAACCGUCCAGCGCGUCAGUAUACAGCGAGGCCAGCACAUCCCUCACGACACGCACCGGGCUGCUCCCCUCGCAGUCUGAGCACAAGUCCCUGUCGCACCCAUCUGUGUGACCAGACUGGAUGGACGCUUGUCAGACUCAUGGUACUCCACAGAGAGUGACUGGAUGGAUGCUUGUCAGACUCAUGGUGCUCCACAGAGAGUGACUGGAUGGAUGCUUGUCAGACUCAUGGUGCUCCACAGAGAGUGACUGGAUGGAUGUUUGUCAGACACAUGGUGCUCCACAGAGAGUGACUGGAUGGAUGUUUGUCAGACUCAUGGUGCUCCACAGUGGCUGACGGAAACUAGAUGGAUGUUAAAUUAACUUAUUGAACAGAUUGUAAAUUAUGUAAACUAUUGUCUUCACAUAAGGACAUGUUUAAACAAAUUGUGGCAAUAUGAGUAUUUUGUAUUAUUUCCUAGUUCUCAUUCUAGACUCAUUGCAGAUUUCCCCUGAAGUUGGAACUUUUUAAAAGGUGUUCAUAACCUGAAACGUAAUGGUUAGGAAUCCAAUCAGUCAUGUCAUUAACCUGGAGAUAAGUGGCAUGGUAUUCUUCUAUACGUAAUAAAGAUGGAGAAUUGCUAUUUGUCAUUUUAUUUAAAGUGGCCUUCCUAAAAAGGACAUUUCACUCUUUAAAUUUUUAUGGACACGGUAACGCCUUGUUAGGAUGAAGGAAUUUCACUACCCAUUUAUGUGCAGAUUUUAAUAUGAAGUCAGUUUUAAAAAAGUCCAGAUGAAUUGAGAGGUGUCACCACUCAAUGUUUUACUUCCCCUGUUAAAUUGAGAUCAAGUAUACAAAGGGUGAGAAUGAGGAAAAUAGUGUUAACUGAGUUGGUCUGAUUGGAAUCCAUAAUUAUCGUUCUCCCCCUUGCUUGAGGAGCAAUACAGCCCCCCCUCCCACCACCACUUGUGCUGUGAUUACUUACCUGGACCACCUAUUGAGACUGAAGUGCCUCUUUAAAAGGUGCAACUUGCCACUUUAGAGACCACUGUUGUAGCCUCUUCUACCUCCAUGUGGUGGGUUCUAGUAAUUACAGCAGCACAUUGUGAAAUGACAAUCUUGUUUUUUUCUCUGCAAAUGUGUUAACCAUAAUCUACCUGUAGCAUCCCAUUUAUCGAAUGGCCUUUGUCUUAAAUACCUAAUAAAUCAACUGAAUGGA